CUCUUCACUUUUGUGUUUAGAGCGCUGCCUGCCACCAGUUUGCGUGCCUCUAGCUAGCUGGAUCCAAGAGAUUGACAGAGGGCAACGACAUAAUGGAAGUUGACUCAAUCCAAGAAGCUCUAAAAGACUUUGAGAAGAAAGGGAAAAAGGAGCCGUCUCCACCUUUGGACCAGUUUUUGUGUCAUGUUGCCAAAACUGGAGAGACCAUGGUUCAGUGGUCUCAGUUCAAAAGCUAUUUCCUCUUCAAACUGGAGAAAGUCAUGGAUGACUUCAAAGCUUCAGCACCGGAGCAACGAGGUCCUGCCAAUUCUAAUGUGGAGUCUAUUCCAUUUGAAGACAUGAAGGAAAGAAUAUUGAAGAUUGUCAAUGGAUACAAUGGAAUUCCGUUCACCAUCCAGCGUCUGUGUGAGCUACUGACCGAGCCCAAGAGGAACUAUACAGGAACAGAUAAGUUUCUCAGGGGGGUGGAGAAGAAUGUAAUGGUCGUCAGCUGUGUGCAUCCUACCUCAGAGAAAAAUGGAUGCAGUGGUCUAAACAGAAUGAAUGGAGUCAUGCUGCCUGGGAACACAUCUGCAUUUACAGAGAGGAAAAUCAAUGGUCCAGGGACUCUCAGGCUGCUGAGCAGACCAAAGCUCUCCCUAGCCAGCUCGGCUGCAACCAACGGCCUCCCAGACAGCACAGAAAACAAGGACUCUACAGCAGACCAGGGACACAACACAGCCCCCAGUGAAGUGUCAGCGACGGGAGGUGCCCUUGGGAGCUCUGUGAAGAAUAAACACAAUGUGGACGAGGAAGAGGAGGACAUGGAGGCUGAGCAGCAUGACGUGAAGAGGCUGAAGUGUAACAAGGACGAGGAGGAGGACGAGGAGGAGGAUGAGGAGGAGGACGAGGAGGAGGAGGAGCAGGAGGCGGACCCUCUCAGGACCCCACACGCAGACAGCCUAUCGGAGGAGGCCGAGUCCAUGGUCCAGGAGAAGGAGGAGAACGAGGAGCUGGACGAGGAAGAGGAUAACGAGGCGGCUGCCAUCUCAGCGGGAACUUGUGACGACCAAGAGCCAUCGAGCACCCAUUCGGAGGUGUCGGCAGGGCCAGGGCAGGGUGGGGGUCCGGAGGAGCUGUCUGAGAGGGAGGUCCCCUGUGGCUCCCAGGAGGAGGCUAGUGACAUGGACCAGUCAGAGCAGCAGGCCCCUGCUGGUGUCCUUGAAAGCCCUGAGGCCAGCAGUGAAAACAGUGACCCUGUCAGCAGCAGUGGUAGCAGCAGUCACUUUGAGGAGACGGCAAGCGAAGAGGCAGUUCCUUCACCCUCGAGCAGUACACCUGAGACACCCACAGAGGGCGCCAUGGAGAGUGGCAGUGUAGACACGGGGACCAGUGAUGAACCUAUGGAGCAGGAUUAGCAGGAUUCCUGGAUUCAUUUGUGACCAUAAGACUCCAAUUCUCCAGUCCAGCUUGACUAGCGCCAAGGGCAUCACACCUAGCCCUCUAGAUACUGAACGCCUUGUCUCAAUUUUGGACACUCCUCUAAAUGGCCACCUGGCAUUGAUUUGGGCGAACUGUUUAAUUUUGAAUUGAAGGCCUGUUUUCUUUUUCUUUUCAUUUUUUUUACCCCCUCAAUAUAUAUAUAUUUUAUAUAUUGUUUUUCUACCCUCUGCAUUUCAUUGAAGGCUUGUGGCCUGCAAUGGGGUUUGUUUCAGCCUUGGUCAAUCAUUGGGGAUAUAGAUAUAGAUUCAGAAGAUGUAUAUCUGCCCCCUUGCUCUAUAAGGGCAUUAGACAGAAACGUAGGAAGCUGUUAGUUGUGUACCCCCAGUCCCAGUCCUGUCUCUGUGGGUGACUAGCAGCACUAAAUUGCCAGGGUUGGAACAAGGACAGACCAGCCACACAUUCACACUGUCCAGAUGGGAGUGCAGCUUGAGGCUCAGCACUCGCCCCAUACCACUAUUGCUUUACUCAACUGCCAUCCUGGCUGUUGAGAAAGAUGUCUUUGUUUCUUUGGUAAUAUUUCAUCCAUCUCAUUGGGAGAUGGGAGUUUUGAAGUCGGUUUCUCUUUGUAUGUGUCCUUAUUCUCCUUUUAAACAAAUGUGUUGUCUUUGAUAUGAUACACUACCAACUCCACUGAAAAAGGUUGCUAUGACAUGGUACUUUUACCCUGUUGAGGACUCCUAUGUCAGAUUAUAUCAUUUUGGGUGCAAUGAACAACCCUAAUUUAUAUGAUCAUUUCAAAUUCACCAACUUAUUUUUUAGUAUGCUUUUGGCAGUCUGUUAGGUUCCCAAACCAGCUGUAAGUACAAAGAGAACUUCUGCUUUGUAUUGUGAUGUCACCAUGUUGUUUCACUGACAAAUAUUCAGAACAGUCACUGGUUACCAGCUCCACAUCUGGUUAAGCUCUACUUUUUGAUAUUUAGAAUUUUAAAUUUCUGUAAAGUAGAUUUUUGUAGAUUGUAAUACAGUAUGUGUUCACUGCCUUUGUGAAACCAUAUAUAAUGUAUAAUUUCUGUGUAUACUCUGAAUGCUUUUGCUUUCAAUGCAGUAUUCAGAUAAAGCAAUAAAUGUUUUAACAUUUGUG